CAACAAGUCGACAAUGCGUUUUUCAUUGUGUGCGCUCUUCCUCGUCGUCGCCGCUGCUGCCUUCGUCGCUGCUCCUGCUGCUUCCGCUGCAGCCAGCCACGAUCGUCCUGCGCCGUUCAUCAUUGCGUUGGACACGAGCAACUUUGACGAGAAGGUCGCACAUGGCGAGUGGCUGGUCGCCUUCAAGGCCGACUGGUGUGGAUACUGCAAGCGCCUGCAUCCCGACUUUGAGUCGCUCGCCCGUGAAAGCAUUAUCAAUGUUGGCGAGGUUGACAUCUCCAAGAACUCUGCUCUCGCUGCCCGUUUCAUGAUCUCUGCGCUGCCUACCGUCUACCACAUUGUGAACGGCGAAAUUCGCACCUACACCAAGACCCGUUCGCUCAACGAUAUCCGCGACUAUAUCACUCGCGAGGAGUGGCGCAAUGAUGAACCCACCCCCUUCUGGAAGAGCCCCCUGGCCCCUCACUUCCGUGUCCUCGGUCUGACUCUGAGCCUCGGUGCCAUGGCACAGGACUACUACAAGGUUUUGACGGAGGACUACCAGUUCUCCCAGGCUGCUGUGAUUGCCAUCUUUGUUGGCGCAAUCAUUGCUGCUGGUAUUGCCUUCUCGUUUGUGCUGCUCUUUAUUAUGGCGUUCGUUGACCUCAUCCGAGGAACAAAGCCCGCACCUGCUCCCCAGCCGCGCGGCGCUACUGCUCAGACCACUGGCGCUCCUGCUCAGGCCGCUGCCACUUCGGCAGAGCCAGGUCAGCCUGCGCCAACGAUUGGCAAGUCCCCUCGCACCAAAAAGAUUGAUUAAAUUCAGGAUGUGCCAAAGGUCCAAUCUGAAUAGUACAGUGCAUUUUCUCGUCAAAAUAGCGGAAUGAUACUGUAGUAUGCCA